CUGGCUGAAGAGCUGCAUCCUGUAUCAUAUGUUAAUGAAGUUAAUGGUGGAGCUCCGGUGACAGCUGGCUGCUGAAGACCAAUCAGAGAGCUCGCAGAUGGAAGGCAGUAUGUUUGAGGCUCUGCAGGCAGGAGGUGUUUGAAGAACCAUGUCAGCUCCUCCAGUGAUGUAAAGAAGGAUCGCUUUCGCUUUUAUUCGAUUUUCGCCUCCCAAACGGUUGUGAACAUGCACAUUGUAACUUAUAACCGCGGAAAACUUUUUGUCACGAGAAAUGCAUUGGACAUAAGUGUGGAUUUGCUCCAGCUUUUUCUCGCUGUCCGACAGAACUCAUGAAAGCCUCUUCAGAGCGACGGGUUUAUGGACUCGCGUAUUAGCUAAUGAUGUCUGUGGGUUUCAUGCCUGACAGUUUGAAUGCCUCAGAUCCCUCCAAAUCGGCAUUUUUAGAGUUUGGCCACGGACAUCCGGCACAUCAGCAGCACUCCCCCGGACUCUCUCACAUUUACCCCGUCCAUGGCUUGCAUGCUGCUGGGCAUUCCCAGCACGAAAGUCCUUUUCCUGCCAGCGCGUCCUAUGGCCGAUCUUUGGGCUACGCCUACCCCGGCGCGAUGAACACUCAUCCCCAGUCUGCCUACAUGACCUACCAGCACAACAAUCACAGCAACAGCAGCAGUCUGGCCCACAGCAGAUUAGAACAGACAGAUCGCGACAAGUCCACGAUCAUUGACAGCAGAGAUAUUCGUCUAAAUGGCAAGGUGAAGAAAAUCCGGAAGCCUCGGACCAUCUACUCUAGCCUGCAGCUGCAGGCUCUGCACCAGCGCUUCCAGCAGACCCAGUAUCUGGCCUUACCGGAGCGCGCCGACCUGGCGGCAAAACUGGGGCUCACCCAGACUCAGGUGAAAAUAUGGUUUCAGAAUAAGCGGUCCAAGUAUAAAAAGAUCAUGAAGCAUUCCAGCGGAUCAGAGGGGGAACAUCUCCACAGCACCAACUCCAUCUCUCCCUGCUCGCCCGGGUUGCCUCAGCUUUGGGAGGUCUCCAUGGCGAACAAAGGAGCACCAAUGCACCCAAACAAUUACAUGAACAGUUUUGGUCACUGGUAUCCAAACCACCAUCCGCAUCAGGACGCGAUGCCCAGGCAUCAGAUGAUGUGAGUGGAUUGUUUUUCGUGUCGUGCAGGCCAAGUGCGCGGCCUUUGAGCGCACUCAGGCUACACUGAACUCGCCCUGUAGGCCUCCUCCCAGUCACAGCCGACAGAACUGAAACGUGUGUUUAAUAGAACUUGUUCAUAUUCAUUGUAUUUCGUGUGUGUUUUAAAUGUUUUUUUUCUCUCUCUUGACUAUCCGCAAAAUUCGACCGGGCAUCAAACAUAUUUUUUAGAUUUGUUAUAAUGUCACUGCAACUUCUGUUGCACGGCCACAGCUCACUGAAAUGUGGACUUAGUGUGUGUGUGCAGUUUAAUAAGAGACUCUGGAUAAAGGCUUUUUUUAA